CUUUUCCCAAGAAAUUGAAAUUUCUUUCCUGCGUAUGAUUUUGGUCUUUCGAUUGGCCGAAGAAGAGGAUUGGUGCAAUGAUCUUUGAGGAAGAGAGGGUACUUGUAGAUCUGGCCAGUUAACUACAAUAAGAAUCAUGGCACAAGUCCCAGAGGAUUAUCCCAUGGAUGUGGAUGUUGAUGACCAGAGCACCCAUGAUGAUGACACCCCACAGGGACACAGCAGGAGAACUGUCAUCCAGUCCACAUCCUCCCAACCUGGACCAGCCUCCCAGUCCUUACUGGACAAUCCUGAUGUCAUCGCCGUGGAUGAGACAGAUGAAGAGGAUGUGGGUAGUAGUGCCAGUGAAAGGUCCAUUGAGCUGGUGAGAGACAGUGACAGUGAUGAUGUGAUUGAGGUAGAUGGUGGAGAGGAGGAGGGUGAACAUGAUGAAGAUGAUGAGGAUGAGACUGAUGUUGAGGAUGAUGAUGAUGAUGAACAGGGCAGUGUAGACAGAAGAGACGAGCCAGAUGCUGGUGAUAGAGAAGAGGAGACACAGCCAUCAGACAACCCAGCAGGUAAUGCUGAAGGUGUCCAAGAUACAGAGAGGCAAGCUACAACACCAACAUCAGCUCCUGCCGCUAUGCCAGGUGUCCAAGUCAUCAGCCCGCUCAGGAAUUCACCUGCUGAGUUUAAGACGACUUCUCCACGGAGAGCAGCUGCUAAAGUGGAGAGUGAUGACGACUCAGAUUGCUGCUCUAUCUGCUUCGAGUCCUGGACAAACUCUGGGAACCAUCGUCUGGCCUCUCUGAAGUGUGGUCACCUGUUUGGACAGAGUUGCAUCGAGAAGUGGCUGAAAGGACAAGGGGGAAAAUGUCCCCAGUGCAACGCCAAGGCCAAGAAGGGGGACAUCCGAGUCAUCUACGCCAAGACGGUGAAGAUGGUGGACACGACAGAACGUGACCGCGCCAUGCGGGAGCUAGAGAAGGAGAAGCAGCUGAGGCGUAAGGUUGAGUUGGAGGCGGCGCAGACACGGCUGCAGUACGAGCUGGCCCUGCAGGAGUGUAACAGGAUCAGGGUCCAGCUGGACAGGGAGAGGCAGAGAAGCACACAGGCCAGUGUGUCUGGUCCCAGCUCGUCCCAGGCGUCCUGUAGCCAGGCUAGCACCAGUCAACAGAGAAGACGCUACCAGUUCGACAGCUCCGUACCUUUGAAGGGAGAAAGCCGUCUGCUGGGCUAUGAUGCCCAACACGGUACCCUGGUGGUGUCGCAACCUUCCCCCAAUCAGCUGUUUCCUGGCUUUGGAGUCAAAAAGGUCAGUGCCAUGGACCUGAGGAGUGUCCAGUAUGUCUCAGUCCACAGUAAGGCCAUCAGGGACAUCUGCUUCAGUGGCAGGGUGGACGGGCUGAUGCUGACCGCCUCCAUCGACAAGACGCUAAAGAUAACCAGCCUCAUGAGCAACACCGUGGUUCAAACGUACCACACCCCGUUCCCUGUGUGGGCCUGCUGCUGGAACAGGGAGGACAACAAUUACGUGUACGCUGGGCUGCAGAACGGCAGCGUGCUCGUGUUCGAUCAGCGCGACACCAGUAAGCACGUGGAGGAGCUGGCGCCCCCCAGGGCCAGGUGUCCCAUCGUCGCCAUGAGCUACGUACCACGGGAUCCCUCAUCCUCACUCAGGUGUGGUGGUCUGCUGCUUGGGACCCUGCAGGGCGGCUGCUUCUGGGAGAAAACUUCUACCGAGUACAGACCUCACCCUUUACCCAUGGAAGGUAGCUGUACCAGCCUGAGGUUUGAACCCAGCACUCGGCACUGCUUGGCUUCCUUCAGGCCUGACAAAAACCACAAUUCAACAAGGCAUCUGCUGUGUGAACUGGAGAGCCGGCUUGUGGGUGAGGACGGGAGGAACCACUGUUCGUGUCACGUCAUGCAGACGUUCUACGGUGGCUCCACGCAGAAGCUGCUGACACGGUCGGCGCUGUUCGCCAGUCCUGAGGACCCCGGGCAGCUCCUGGUGUGUGCGGGGGACGAGGCCAGCACAUCUGCACAGAUAUGGAGUGCAAGCACUGCUGCCCUGCUGCAGAAGAUCCCCACAGACAGCCCAGUCCUGGACGUCUGUCCCUUCUCUAUCAACGACAAACACCAACUGGGCGUGCUCACAGACAAACUGCUCAGGAUAUACUCCUGGACAUAGCAGGGGUGGAAGAGGAUGAUCAUUGUACACACAAGAAACUUAACAACUUAACAACACUAGAGCUAAUAUCAAAGUAUAAAUGAGAGUCCAUUGUGGGUUUGCAACCAACCAGGCCAUUUUUGUCCAGGCAAGAAGAUUCUGCUUUUGCCUACGUCCUGCUCAAGUCAUAUCACAGCGUGGCAUACAGAUGUGAUGAUCCUAUCCUAAUUUUCUUACUACAUGUACAUGUAUGUUUCCAAUGAUCUCUAGCUAUACAUGUAGAACAUUUACCUAAGUAGAGCUGUGUACCUAAAUUUUAGGCACAUGGUAUCGCGUAAGAACAUAUUGUUGUAAACAUGACACUUUUACUGGUGUCAGUACAUGUAUGUUCUUUUUUCUCAUUCUAUCAAACUGAAAACAUUCCAGCUGUUUUGCAUGUGUCAAGGAGAAUUUCCACAUGACUGAAGUGGCAAUAUUCUAAUCUAAUUAAGAGAAAUGUGGAAUUCAUUACAACUGUACAUGCUUUUCAACAGCACCGAGAUUUUGUGAUUAUAUUUGCUCAUGAAGCAUUUUGAUUGCAAUGACUUGUCUCCUUAUGAGAAAAGAUUAUGUCUGUUAUAUAACACCCCAUACAAUCAGCCUCUUCAAAACCCAGAGUGUUUUAGACAAACUAGGAAGCAAUAUGCUGAUUCUAAUUUCGAGUUUUGAAGAGGUUGAUUGGAUGGAAUGAUUAAGAAGGGAUCUAUUGAUAGAUAGUACAUAAGCCUGUCAUGAUCAGACUUGUAAGAAG